CUAAUCUAGAGGAGGGGUAUUUCUGCUGGAGACAUCAUGAGGUGAAGGUUACCGGGUUGUUUUUAACGGAUCACCUUAAUCUGGAUCACCGUCUGGGUGACCUGUGCUGCCUUCACGGACUGUAAGAAAUGAGGAUUGUAAAGACUUUCUCCUCCUUCUCCUAAACCUGGAUUUUUUUUUUUUGGUUUCGUUUGGAACAAAGUGUGAAUAAAAGGAAAAACUGAUUUCCCAGUUAUUUUUAUUUAUUGCCUGGAGGACUCGCUCAGGGAAGAACAAUGUCUUUACGGACGGCACUGCCUGGGAACGAGCGGAACCAGGACCAUCAUGCCUCGCUGUCGGCCAGCCGCUCGGAUAAAGGUACCGGCUGGUCGAGCCGCUCGCUCGGCGCCCGCUGUCGAAACUCCAUCGCCCUGUGUUCGGACGAGCUGCCGCACAUCGGGAACUACCGACUGCUGAAAACCAUCGGCAAGGGCAACUUCGCCAAAGUCAAGCUGGCCCGCCACAUACUGACCGGCAGAGAGGUUGCCAUAAAGAUCAUCGAUAAAACCCAACUUAACCCAACCAGCCUGCAGAAGCUGUUUCGAGAGGUACGCAUCAUGAAAACCCUGAACCAUCCCAACAUAGUCCAGCUUUUCGAGGUGAUUGAGACGGAGAAGACUCUUUACCUCGUCAUGGAGUACGCCAGCGGAGGCGAAGUGUUCGACUACCUCGUGGCUCAUGGCAGAAUGAAAGAGAAAGAGGCCAGAGCCAAAUUCAGACAGAUUGUUUCUGCUGUUCACUACUGUCACCAGAAGAAUAUUGUUCACAGAGACUUGAAGGCGGAGAACCUGCUGCUCGACGCCGACUCCAACAUUAAAAUCGCCGACUUCGGCUUCAGCAACGAGUUCACUGAAGGCAACAAGCUGGACACCUUCUGCGGGUCGCCGCCGUACGCCGCGCCGGAGCUUUUCCAGGGGAAGAAGUACGACGGCCCAGAGGUGGACAUCUGGAGCCUGGGUGUUAUCCUGUACACGCUGGUCAGCGGGUCGCUGCCGUUCGACGGCCAGAACCUAAAGGAACUGCGGGAGCGGGUUUUACGAGGGAAGUACCGCGUUCCCUUCUACAUGUCCACAGACUGUGAGGGAAUCCUGCGCCGCUUCCUGGUCCUGAACCCCGCCAAGCGCUGCUCCCUGGAGCAAAUAAUGAAAGAUAAGUGGAUAAAUGUUGGUUACGAAGGCGCCGAGCUGAAGCCCCACGUUGAGCCUGAGGAGGACUUCAGUGACAGCGGCCUCAUCGAUGUGAUUGUAGGGAUGGGAUUCGACAGAGAGGAGGUUCGAGAGUCUCUGGUUGAACAUAAAUACAACGAGAUCACUGCCAUGUACCUGCUGCUGGGACGCAAGACAGAGACGGACGGUACCGAGUCUCGGUCGGCCAGCAGCCUGAGUCUCGCUCGCGUCCGGCCCAGCGCCAUCACCAACGGGAUGAGCAAACACUCCACCUCCUCUUCCUCCUCUGGCGCUCAGUCUUCCUCCUCCAGUCACAAGCCUCAGCGAAGCGCCUCAACGUACCACCGCCAGAGACGACACUCCGACUUCUGUGGUCCAGCUGCUCCGGGGUCGGCUCACCCCAAACGAAGCCCCAGCGGCGUGGGCGAGGCCGCGGCCCUCAAAGAAGAGCGGCUCUCCGUACGCAAGCCUAGCGGCUCCACUGUGGGCUCCCGCAGCAUCCCAACCCCGUCCAGUCCCAUGGUUAGCUCCGCCCACAACCCAAAUAAAGCAGAGAUCCCCGACAGACGCAAGGAGGUCAAUUCGACUGUGAAUAACAUCCCUUCCAGUGCCAUGACUCGCAGGAACACGUACGUGUGUACGGACCGAUCCGGCGCCGACAGACCAUCUCUGCUGCAAAACGGCAAAGAAAACAGCACCUUAUCCCACCGCCUGCCGCCGGCCUCGCCCUCCUCCCACAGCAUCGCCGGCGCCUCCGGCGUCUCGUCCGCCACGCUGUCAUCCCGUCUCUCCAGAGGAUCCACGGUGAGGAGCACUUUCCACGGGGGUCAGAUCAGAGACCGCCGGCCUCCGUCUCACGCCCCGCCGGUGUCCCCGACGCUCUCUCACGACGCCAGCCCGCUGCCCCACGUCAGGAGCCGGGCCCCAUCCAACCUGCUCAGCAAGAUCACCUCCAAGCUGACCCGCAAGGUCACUCUUGACCCUUCUAAACGUCCGAGCUCAAACAAGUCCAUGUCGGGCUGCACCCUCCCGCAGGGGACAAAAACAGUUAACCAACCUGAGAGAAUCAGCAGAUCUCCGGUCACAAGUCGCCAUCUAUCUGGGCAUCAAAAAGCGGCCGAGCCCCGGACCCCCCGAUGCGGAUGGGAUGUGAGGGUCCGGAGCCCCCAGGACCCGGCCGAGGUGGUUCUGGCCCUGCGGGAGGCGGCGCAGGGCUGCGGCUGCCAGGUCCACCUGGCCGGCCCGUUCCUCCUGUCCUGCACCCACGGCGCGGCCGGCGCCCGCGUGGCCUUUGAGGCCGAGGUCUGCCAGCUGCCCAACGGGCCAGGUCAGAGCGGCGUGAAGUUCAGGCGCCUGUGGGGGGCGCCGUUGGCCUUCAGAGACAUCGCCGCCAAGGUGUCGAAGGAGCUGGAGCUCCGAGGUGAGGCGGGUAGGUGACAGACUGACACCUCCAGAAAAACACCCGCAGCUCCCAGACUCCUCCCACUCACAGCCGGACGGACUAAAGAUGGCCCUUUGACCUCCGACCCCCGCUGAGCUCACACAUACACAGCUUGAGGCCAUAGAGUUGGACUUUCUUUUUUGUUCAGAUUUAACUUCAGGUUGCUGAGAAUGACGGAAAACGUCUUGUUGACAUUGUUUCUGUCGCUUGUCAUCAUUCCUUUUUAAAGAGCUGCUAUUUAAAUGUUUUUUUUAAUUAUUUUUCUGUGUAAUAAGUUCAUUUUUUUUGCUUAGUGCUUUUAAAUAGGAGGAAAUUGACGACUUUUGUCAAUAUUGGAAGCAGAUGUCACAGAGGAAACCUCCGGCCACUAGGGGGAGACAUGCAGAAAUGCAGGGACUGCCAACAGACUAAAUGGAGCGUAAUUACGUUUCCUCUGUCUGGAUACCUGCUGAAAAGUUUGCUCCACCAUUUUGUUAUGGUAAAAAGUAAGUACACCCUUUUACAGCUAUAAAGUUUGCCAUAUAAGGACAUAAUGACAUUGUUUUGGACUUUAAAAUUGUCAUUAUUUAUUCAACAAAUAUGAAGCCAAGAUAAAAAAAAAUUAGUGUCAUGGAAAAACUAAGUGCACCCUGUGAUUUAGUAGCCUGUAGGGCCUCCUUUGGCAGCACCUUGUAGUAAACAGUCUGUUAGACUCAGUUCUUUAUAGUUGAUUAAAUGACUAGUCAAACCCACAUCAUGAUCCCUCCACCACCGUGCUUGGCUGUAUGUAUUAAACCACGUAUGCGUGGUUUUCUCUAAAACUUUCUGCUUUGGUGUCAUCUGUCCAGAGCUUCUUUCAGAUGAAACAUUUUUACGUUUUAACAAUGAAAUCUUUUAAUUUUACUACUUCAUUUUGGAGAUUUUUUUAGGGCUGCAUCGAUUGCAGUUUUUUGGCAGAUCAUCAAUCUUUAAAAAGCUUUAAUUGACUAUUCAGAUUUGGCCUCUACCUAUUUUGUUUAUCUGAAAAGUCACUAAAGAUAGCGACAAAGUUGGAGGCAACAGUUGGGGUUUUUCAGACCUUUGCAGAGGUAAAAUGUAAGUAUUCAUAAAAAUUGUCAGCCAUCUUAAAUAAUAUGAAUACUCUUAAUGUUUAUAGAAAAAAAUGUGUGGGUUUGCCAAGGCAGCAAAUGUUUUUCACACUGAUCUGGAUCAGUUAAUCAAUGAAAUUUGAUAACUUCCCCUUUAAUUGCAAGGGAGCAUUUAGUUUUUCCACACACAUCUUUCCAUUGGAAGUUCAUUUAGUUCAAUAUGUGAUUACCGUCAUUGAAUCUUUUGUGUGAUUCUCUAAGCUUGAGGUUUGAUGCAAAUAUUUUUUCAAUCUAGUAAAUAUCAAAUCACUUUAUUUUGUCCUGUUUCCUAAAUCUCUAGAAUUAAAGGAGGGUGUACUUUCUUUUUACCGUAGUUGGGAAGUGAGCAAAACUGCCAAAUAAUUUAAAAAAAGAAUAAUAAUUAAAUUUAUUGAGCUCCUUCCCAACACUAAGCUUCAGUCAAUGAUGAACCUGGUUUUUUACAUCAUUAUUAUUAUUAUUUACUUUUACGGCACAAAUAUAAUUCAACAUGGAAAUAAUAAACAGGAUUUGGUUUACUUUCUGUUAUUUUGUAAAAACUAAAGAAAAUAAAUUCCUUCAUUAAUCUUUUUAAAAAAUCCAACAGCUUUUUCUUCCAACUGCAAAACUAAACUCUUUCCCACAUCGACGGUAAACUGGUUCAGAACAAAAUGGAGGAGUUGGUGCUUCCCUCACUUUGUUCGGUGCCCAGACUGUCUGACUGUUUAGAGAAGAAAAGUGCCACAAAGCCAAGGAUCGCAUGAUUUAGACCCAACUGGACUUCAUCUACUUCAUCUGGUUACGUUUGAUAUUUCUGGAAUCUUUAAAUAGAUUUUGCACGUUUUUUCACAUUUUCAGUGGACUGAACCUUAGCCUUUACGUGCAACAACUGCAACUCCUGGCAAAAAUGUCAAAUCAUGACACAGUGAGAAUAUUUUGCAAUGUAACGAAAAACAUCUGAUAUGAGGUCAGCAGAGAUUGUACUCGAGUGACAGGAGUUAUUUUAAAAAAACACUAAACUGUUUUAUUUAGUGUUAGCUAUUUAAUGUUAGCUUCCACUAAAUAAAAUGCUCUACCAACAUGUUACUUAGUGGAAGCUAACACUAAAUACCUAUACUAACAUGCAGUGGAAGCUAAUGCUAAAUUGUUACACCAGAUUUUACCCAAACUAAUAUCACUCAAGUAAAAAAACUGAAAGUGCAGUACAAUAAAACUGCUCUUCAAAGUAUUUUUUCCCCAAAAAGUUACUCCAAUUAAAUGUAACAGAGUAAAUUUAUGGAGUUACUACCCACCUCUGUGUACGACAGUUGAUUAUAAUUAAUAUUUCCUUUUUUUAUCUACUCUUUUUUUUCUCUCUCUGGGGAAAUGAAACCAUUUUCCAUUAAUUAUAAGGUCAUUCAUGUUUUUUCAGGUUACAAACAUACUUGGGAUUUUUUAAUAGAUUAUUAAACAUCCACCAUGAGCUGUGCUUCCAUAAUUUUUGCCAAGAGUUGUAAAUCUCAGUUGUUUCUUGGUUCUUUUCCAUACAAGGUGUAGAUUUCCCAGCACUACUGGUACGACUGUUCCCCCAUUGGAUUAAAGUUACAGACUGUUAACCAACCAGAUUCCUGAUUCAAAAUGCCAAUUUCAAACAUCCAAAUCCCUGGCAUCACUUUGAUGUAACAAUUAAGAUAUAACAAAUUCUCCAUUUUGUUUUAUUUUAGGUACUUUGUUGCUCGUCUCUAAGAAAAUCUACCAAUGUUUGUGGAGUUUUCUGAUUACUGGUUUCCGUCAGCGUCUGAAAAUGUCAAGCUGUGAUUUAGAGGCUAGUUGUUCGACUUUCUGUUUGUUUACUGCUCUGCCUCUUCGCCCCAAAAUGUUCUCAGACUAAUUCAUGCUUCAAGACCACUGAUUACUUAAAUCCAACUUACCGCCGGCUGAGACACCAGAAACGACCGACUUGCAGUCCUGCAUGUCUCCUAGGAUAUAAUGUGUGACACAAAAUAAAAACCUUCAACCUCUGAUAUAUUUUUAUUCUUUCUUCUUUAUGCACAUUUGGAGAAGAUGCAUAAACUUUGUUUUCCUCCCCGUGUAACAUUAAAUCAGAGUAAAUAAUAAUAAUUUGGGAAAUUAUGCAGAGACAGACUAGAGAGUAUAUUUUAAGGCAGAACCUCAUUGUAAAAUCUAAAUUAACAUACCAGGGAGAGAAUGGUAGCUCUCCACAAGUCUGGUUCAUUCUUGUAACUUACACAUAAUGUAAGCAGUUUUGCUAAUGCUAAAGCUCUUUAACAUGGCAUUUAGCAGAAGCUAAUGCUAACUGAUAUACCAGCAUGGUUGUUAGCGGAAGGUUUUAUAAAAUUAUAUACCAAAAUGGUAUUUAGUGAAAGCUAAUGCUAAAAUGCUAUACUAACAUGGUAUUUAGCAGGAGCUAAUGCGCUAUCCCGACAUGGAAUUUAGUGGAAGCUAAUGCUAAUGCACUACACCAGCACAGUAUGUAGCAGAAGCUAACUCUAAAGCCCUUUGCCAAUAAAAUAUUUAGUGGAAACUAAUGCACUAUACCAACACAGUAUUUAAUUCAAGAUAAAGCAAAAGCAGUAUACCAGCACAAUAUUUAGUGGAAGCUAAAGUGCUAUACCAAUGCACUAUUUUGUGGAAGCUAAUGUUAAGGCACUAGCUUUCACUAAGUGCCGGUAUAGAGCAUUUUGUGAAAUGCUCUAUACCGGCACAGUAUUUAUCAGAAGCUAACGCUAAAGCAUUUUACCAACAUGGUAUUUAAUGGAAGGUAAUGUUAAGGCAUUAAGUGCUAUACCAACACAGUAUUUAGCUGAAGGUAACGCUAAAGCGUUACCUUCAGCUAAACAGGAGAAUUUGUCUCUUACGUCAGACAAUAGGUUGAAAAAAGGUUAUGUGUCUGUUUUCACAGCAGCAGACACAGAUUUCAAAUGUGUCUUUGGUUUGUAUGAAGAAAAACAAAAACAGGAUGAGUUGAUUGUUACAUGGGGCUUUGUUUAAUUCUCCAGUUAUAUUUUACAACCAAAAAAAAAAAUUUGUACACACAUAGCCACGACCAGACUAUGCAUGGGUUGAUCCCAGGAUGUUACGAAGGAGAUGGGAAGAUGAUUUCAGUUAGAAGAAAUUAGAUGAAUAGGGAGAAAAGGCAGAAAAAGUAAACAGAAGUAAGAAAUGAAGGAGCAGAAGGAAAAGUGGAGUGUCUUUGGAUGGAAGGAAGUCAUCAGCAGGAAGUAGCCAUUUGGCCGAAACCAGUAAAAUAACUUUACAACGAGGCUACAUGUUCAUUUUUUUUUUUAGAAAAUAGAAAAAAAAAA